AUGGUGAGUACCGGAUUUCUUGGACUCGGGAAGAUAGAGAAUGGGUAUGUACGGUACUCCGCGUAUCGAUGUAAGCGACAGAUGCCAUUGGCCAUUAUCAGUGCGUGUGCUGUUAGUGACGACAAGGCCCAAGCAGCAAAGCAUGCCUUGCCUCUUCACUGUUGCCAACGAAAAAAACCGAAGACAACGAAACACGCGGAGGCAUGGGCCGCGUAUGGAGAAUCCCUAUGGGGCGGCCGGCUGGGGCCCCGACUCCCGAGGGACCGUGUUGAUGUCGAAUUCUCCCGACGGCGAGAACAAGCGUGGAUGGCUGCUGGGCGAUCCCUUUUGCCCGCCCGGGACUCAGGCGCCAAGCAAUCAUGUGAUUGA